GGGCAGGCAGCCCCGCCGGAACCGGCUGGUUUCCAGAAUGGAGGAGCCACUGUCAAUGGAGAUGUCUUUCAGGAGUCCAACGGCCCCACAGAUGCCUACGCAGCCAUAGCCAAGGCUGACCGGCUGACCCAGGAACCUGAGAGCAUCCGCAAGUGGAGGGAGGAGCAGAAGAAGCGCCUCGAGGAGCUGGAUGCGGCAUCAAAGGUGACUGAGCAGGAAUGGCGUGAGAAGGCCAAGAAGGACCUGGAGGAGUGGAACCUGCGUCAGAAUGAGCAGAUGGAGAAGAACUGGGCAAACAACAGGAUCGCUGACAAAGCCUUUUACCAGCAGCCGGACGCCGAUGUGAUUGGCUAUGUGGCCUCGGAGGAAGCAUUCCUGAAGGAGUCCAAGGAGGAAACCCCGGGCUCCGAGUGGGAGAAGGUGGCCCAGCUCUGUGAUUUCAACCCCAAGAGCAGCAAGCAGAGCAAGGAUGUCUCGCGGAUGCGCUCGGUGCUCAUCUCCCUCAAACAGACGCCCCUGUCCCGCUAGCUGCUGCCUGGCACAGCCAGGAGUGCAGCAGAGCAAGGCCAGGCUCACCGAGCAGGGCGGCUUUGUGGGGCCAGCCCACGAGGGGCCUCACCCUGCCUGCCCCCUGCUCCCUGGUGUACGCCUCGGCUGUGCUCGAGUCACUGGUUGUAACUCUCCCCAUGGUUUUCCUUUGCUUAAAAGGUGCAUCGGUCUCUUUUUACACUUAUUUAUUACUGUGGCAUUUCCCCGAGAAGCGACACUGGGUGGCAGAGUUGAGUUAGCGGCGGAGCCCCCGGCCUGGGCUCUGCGGGAGGUUGUGCCCAGGGGCCUGGCUGAGUGAGAGGGGGAACACCCCACCCCGUGUUCCCCACCUCACCCCUGUGCUGGGAAUAAACCCGCCUGUGGCUGUCCUGGCGCUGGGCGAGUGCAGGCAUGGCAGCCCCGUGUCUGGGCCUGGGUCCUAGCCCCAAGGCAGCAAUCCUAGUGGGACCCCUGGCCUCCCCUCUGCCUUUCCAGCAGGGUUUAGAGCAGAGCUGGCUGGGAGGGUGGAGAAACAGUCCUGACUCAGCUCCGCACUGCAAGGUCCUGCAGGGAGCACAGCCACAGCGUGAUGCUCCUGGGCUAGCAGGGACUGAGGAAUGUGAGUGCAGGCACCCAGGCUGGGCUGGGACUGCCAGCAGUUGCCCCAAGCCCAGCAGACCUCUCCCCAGCCUGGCUGUGCACCCCAAAAAGCUGGUGGGGCUCCGAGCAGCAGUUGCAGUGUCCGUGUCCCGUCCAUCCUGGGGGCUACUGGUGCCAGGCAGUAUGGUGGCGCAGGGCACUGGGAAGGGGCCAUGGGGUGAGUGUGGAGGAUGUUUCCUGUCCCUUCCCCAAGACCACCAGCAGUUGGGAAUGUGGGGUGCCAGGCUUUGGGGGCCCUUAGUUCUGCUCUGCUGCUUCCCCUGCUACUAGGGUGGGAGAUGGAGGAUGUGUGGUUGCAGGGAAGCACAAAGGAAGGUCCAGCUGCUGUGGGGCAGGUUGAGCCCCCAGCUCCCUAACCCAGGGGCCCAGAGCAGGAUUGGGCAGAGUUCUGGUGCUGGGGCUUGUGCUGUCCCUGGAGAACAAGCUGCACAUCUGUCUGCAGCUGCUUUGUGGCUUCUCUCUAGCCCCCUGCUGGAUUUGCACACCUAAAGCAGCGUGGCGAGAUUCCUCAGGCCCACUCCCCGCCCCCGCAGACUUUCCAGCCCGAACACCGGCUUUCUCUCCUCUGCUUGGUGGGGCCGGCACCAGCCCCUCCGGCUCGGAGGCCCAGCCCUGGAAACCUGCAAAACUGCGUAGCAGGAGAGGGGCAGGCCUGCGUGCACCCUGCUGUGGUGAAGUCUGGAGCUUGUGCCCCAGAUCUGGCCUGCCGGGGGCUUGGGAAGGGCUCACAGCGGUGGGCUGGGGGGACACGUAGCAGAGCCCACAAAACAUUUGCUUGAGCCUCACUGCAGAGCCCUGCUCAGCCAAAAAGCAAGUAUGCAGAGCUCUCCCGCCCUGCAGCUAUGACUCAAGUCAGGAAGGUCACCUGCCCUGCUGCUGCAGCCCUCGUGGGGUGACCGGGCACCCCUGGCUCUGGGGCACAGGCUCAGCAGUGGGCUGGGAAGGGAAGGGAAAUGGGUGCACAGGGAGUCACUCGGUGUUGUGUGCUGGGAUUGUGCCACCUUGUCCAUAGGGCUGAUCGCUCUUACUCUGUCCCCCUGCGCUCCAGCAUGCGUAGGCAGCUCUGCUGCAGUGCGGGAUGGACACGGAUGCAUGAUACCUCGAGACUUGGCUGCCUGCCUCCGCCUUUCACUGCAGAGCAGCGGGAAGCGCCUCUGGCUGCUUCCCAGGGGCGGAGAGCCCCCCUGCGCUCUGUCCCUCCAGCCCCUGCAGGCAGCCGGGCCCCUGGGUGCCCCGGCUGCUGUGCACCCCAUGUCAGGCAGGGGCAGCCAGCUCCCGGGGAGCCAUGCCCACAGCUGUUCUACAUCCCCUCAGCUUUGGUAUCUGUGACUGUUCAAAUCACCUGUUUCAAUAAACCGACAACUCCAAUCC